GAGGUGGAGCGCUCGGGUCGGACCGGAGACAGAGUGACUCGGUUACUGUGGGCCGAACCGGGACGCAGACAGCGGGAGAGGAGGGAGCAAGGCCGAGUCCGGGAGCAUUCUUGUUCUCCCCUCCCUAAAAAACAGCCCUGUGGUGCGAGCAUCGGGAAGAAAACCAAAACAAAAAAGGUCUUCAACGAAGCGAGGCCAAGAUGAAGAUGGAUCUUAGAGAAUUCAUUGAUCUUGAGGUGGUGGUGGUUUAUAUCAAGUAUAUUAUCAUCCUCAUGAUAAAAAUGAUGUUGAUGAGUGUCGUGACAGCAUACUACCGAAUGAAGAAUAAGGCUUUUAGUAACCCUGAAGAUGCGGCAUCCUAUGGGAAAGGAGAGCAGGCGAAAAAGUAUUUGCGGACUGAUCCGGACGUGGAGCGCGUACGCAGAAUUCAUCUCAAUGACCUGGAAAACAUCAUUCCGUUUGCCAUCGUUGGGUUCUUGUAUUCUCUCAGUGGUGUCCCCUACUCGACUGCUGUGCUGCACUACCGACUCUUUCUCGGGUCUAGAAUCUUCCACACCAUAGCCUAUUUAGUACCUCUUCCCCAGCCCUGCAGAGGACUGGCUUGGUUAAUUGGCUACUUAGUUACCUUUUCAAUGAUAUACAAGUUGAUUCUGGUUAGCCUGGCCAUGUGAUGGGAAAUGGUCCCUGUUGCCAUCAUAAUCGCUGUAUGUUUUUGAAACUUCCUACCUUCCGGGAACCCUUUCCACAUUGAUUCUUCUGCUAUGGAACCCCUGAAUGUCUGUCAAAGAGCCCCAGAGUGCUUGGGGUAUGUUCUAAGGAGGAUGCUCUAUUCAUUGAGGAAUAGAUGAGACAUUUCGGAUCUCACUGUUGCCCUGUUCUGACAGAAGGUGAGCGAGAACACAUCUCGUGUUCUCUUGUAACUGCAUAUGUCUGGCAGAGAGCAGAGAGAUCAGUAAGUGGUAGGCAAGCUGUACUCUCCAUAGCCUUGUCUGCUAGUAUUGAUCUCCUCAUUGGGAAAACCUUCAAUAAACUAAUAUGAACUCCAGGUUUCCCCGGAACCUAAUUUGAAACUACCACCAAACCUUACUUUUCCAACAUGUUUUUGCAUGACAGACAUCUCAGGUUGGGUUUUGAUUAUUAUAGCUCACCCUACUUCCUGUUACGGUUGCUCUUCCUUUCACUGCUGUUGUUGCAUUCCCUUCUGAACUUGGAAGGAUAGCACCAGUAUGGAACACGGCAGACUCCAUUAGAGCAGUCAAGACUUUACUAAACUUGUCCUGCUCCUCUGUUAUGUCCAGGGUAUUGGCGUAAUCCCUUGUUCGGUUGCCACUUUGGCUAACCUGUUUGGGUGCUGUUUUUCUGAUAAUGUUAGGAAUUAUGAACCAUGGUAAUAGGCUGAAUUUUCAGUGUAUGGAAUACCAGGUGCUGGGGCAGUACGUUGGGAGGGGGGCAUCCUGUUCGUACCCCACUUAAAAGCUCCCGUCUUGGCCAUGGCCAUUUUUGGAAAAUGGAUCAAGGUAUGACUUUCCAAGGCAGUUCUUUGGUCCUUGAUACAGUUUGUUUUUCUCAAUUCCUGUUUGUGAAGAAAGUUGUCUUAUUCUGUGGGCUUGCUCCCCACGCAUGGGAUGCCAAACAUGUGACGCCAGAGCUGAUGAACAUUCCUAAAACACAUUUUUAUAAGGGUGGCUCUGUAAAUUUGCCCAUGAGUUACCCUGCAGGUUACUGCCAAAGGUGACAAUAUAGGUAUAAGGCGGUAAAAAAGAAUUCAACUCACAAAAUACAGUUUGAGAGGUUUUCUCCAUUCUGCAUUCUACGGACACCCUUUUUACAUUCCAAACAGUGUUAUCAACCGAAAGUCAGAUGCAGCAUUGUGGUUCGUUCCAUUUUAUGCCUCUAGUUCUGGUUGAUAUGAUCAACUAUCUUACUUAGUUGAAGCAUAAAAUACAUCUUUCCCUACUUUUCUCCAUCAUGUUUUUCUUCACCUCAGAAUGAUUGGAAUGACUGUUUUGUACAUGUUUAAAGAUUUUUAAUGUAUAACAACUCUAUUGAUGGCAUGAAUGUAUGGUAAUUUUCUACAGAUGCUAUUUCUGGAUGUCUCUUUUUGACGCAUAAAUCAAUAAAGACAACAGCAAAAAAAAAGA